CUCACAAUCCAGGGAUUAACGCUAUGAAAGUGGCUGCUCUGGUAGUGCAAUCCCACCCACGAGUUAAGCGUUGUACCUGUUACUCAUACAAGGACAAGGAGUGUGUGUACUACUGUCACCUGGAUGUCAUCUGGAUGAAUACCCCAGAACGGAUUGUGCCAUAUGGACUAACUAAUGUACAAAGGCAUAAACGCUCAAACAACGAGGGAACACCUGGCUCCCUGGAUAAACCAAGAGUUCGAUGUGUCUGUGUCGAGGAGAUGGAUGGAGAGUGUGGCCAAUUCUGCAGCCAUUCUAGAAGCCUUCGUGACAAGACAGGGAGCUCCAGCUGAUAAGAGGUCGUUUUUUUGUCCUUAUUGAGAAACAUCAAGGGAAUUAGUGCAGCAGGAAGACAUGUGACAUGGACUGCAAUUGAUGGAGACAGCAGCGGACAUUGUUCUUGAUGCAGAGAAAGACUGUGGGGUGACAGUGCCUCAGUAUUCCUCUCAACUGAGAUCCUCAGGUUGUUGUAGACAGAGGCAGUGUGGAGAAAUGUGACUCGUCUCUCAGUCACCUGCCUAUUUACCACUCGCAUAUUAAACAGCACAGUUAUACACUUAUCCAUCUGAAAAACUCUAGUAGACUAACUCUUGAACAUGUAUUCUAGGCCUGUGUAUUGUCUUAGCACCAGCUGCUCCACCAGUAAGACUGUGCCUGCAACAAUGGAAGGACUAAAGGCCUUGUGGGUGGUGUAAAGUGGUGUGUUAAUUCUUUGGUGUUGGGUACAGUUGGAUGCUGUUUAGUCCUAUCUGCUAACACACACAGUGAUUGUGCAGCUCUUCCAGUGCCAGUGAAUGUACCAACAGAACUCAUACAACACUCCAAACUGCAGCAUGGGCAUUGGGUUUGUUAUUGGCUUUCCGAGCACAUUUCGUUCAUUGCUGCGCCAUAAGUGGACACAGCCCAUUGGAAUGAAUGGAAUGAAACGUUAAGA